CCUCCCGACGGUUUUGCUUCGGUCCGGUUCGCUCGUCCUAUCCCUAAUACUGGUCCGAGUGCCAUUGCGAUUUUUCUCACCACGUUUGGUGCUUUCUCGUGGGGAAGGUACCAGGUUGGACAGGGUAACAAGAUCCGAAGAUUGGUUCAUUUCUUAUGGGAUGGUUUGGUGUUGAAUUCAAAAAAGACAUAUCUCAUGUGUCAGAGCAUCUAGCCAUAGGAACAAUGACUGGUUACUUGGGGAGCCUUACAACCUUCAGUGGUUGGAAUCAAAAAAUGCUUGAACUCAGUGCUUCCGGUCACUGAGUCAUCUGUGCAUUGGGCUUUAUAGUAGGUUUAUCUCUUGUUGUCGUCUCCAUCGCAUUUGGGGUUGAAACUGCAAAAGGUUUUAGGUGGCUUCUCAACAGGCUGAAUAUUGCAAGUCUAGAAAAUGGCAUCUCUAAGGUCAACUACAAAGUAAACAGCUACCAUUGCCAAAUGACAGCUAUGGUGAUAUUCUUGGUGAUAUUGGGUAUUUUAUGGGGUGUGAGUGGUGCAUUUGUAAAGGCUAAGUUUAAACAUGGUGGAAGUGCUGCUGAGUAGUGGUUUGCUUGCAUGGUUGGACCUAGAGGUGUAUGGAUUAGAUGGUUCUUAGCGAGGCUUAAUGGGCGUGGGUUAGGAAAGGAAGGUUUGUUUCAAUGGAUACCAUUUGGGACUCUAAUUGCCAAUGUAUCAGCUGCUUGUGUUAUGGCUGCACUUUCUACUAUAAAGAAUGCAAUUAGUUACUACUUCUGCUAGACAAUCACAAGAUGCAUGGGGUUCUGCUGAUUGGACUGAAGUGGAGGAUGUCAAGUACGUGAAUAGAAGCAGGAGGUUGCAAGAGGAAGUAAGAGGAAUGAUUAAUGAUGAAAAUAUGGAAAUCUUAGAGUUAAUAGAUGUGAAACGCUUAGGCCUCAGCUACCACUUUGAAAAGGAGAUAAAAGAAGCACUUGAUAGAUUUCUAUUGUUGGAAGAAUAUCAUGAUGCAUUUAUUGGAAAAAGUCUACAUGACACUGCCUUGAAAUUUAAGGUUCUCCGAGAAUUUGGAUAUGAUGUUUCUGCAGAUGUUUUUGAGAGGUUUAAAGACAACACUGGAAAUUUUAAGGCAUGUCUUGUGAAAGAUGUACAAGGGAUGUUAAGUUUGUAUGAGGCAUCGUUUAUGUCUUAUGAAGGAGAAAACAUUUUGGAUGAAGCAAAUUCCUUCACGAGUUUCCACCUUAGAGGAGUUCAUGGCAAUAUAAGCAAUUUUCUUUUUGAACAAGUGAGUCAUUCAUUGGAACUUCCACUGCAUCGUAGAUUUCAAAGGCUUGAAGCUAGAUGGUUUAUUGUGUUAUAUGGAAAAAGAAAGGAUGCUAAUAAGGUGUUGCUUGAAGCGGCUAAGUUGGAUUUCAACAUCGUGCAAUCAAAUCUACAACAAGAUCUUAUAGAAAUGUCAAGGUAUAUGAAAACGUCAAUCAUAUUUGUAUAAAAUGUCUUAUUUGCAUUUUAAUUAUUUGUUUUAAAAUAAUUUUUCUUUAAUAAUAAGGCAUGCACCCCUGUGUCUAUGUCCGAUAUAGGUCCGCCCAACCCAAGAAUCAUAUAUAAGUGGUACUUACUAAGUCUUAAUUUUGAAGAAAUCAUGAAAGUGGCCAUUUCAUCCACCCUCUACUUUCAUGAAUAAUAUAGCAAUUAAUGGGGAGUCCAAAGACAGUAUCUGCCAUGACAAAGAAAUAUAUGAUUUAAUACAUGGAUUCAUGAACAAAUUUAAGUGAAAUCAAUACUAUCAAAAUUCCCUUACUAAAAUAAUUGACAUUGUUUCAUGCUCUUAUUAUGGUUCUUAGUUUCUCAUGUGGUUAAAAAUCUGAAGUAGUGAUGAACAUCCUUCAACCUUAAAUUCACUUGGUUUCAUAGUUUGGUGUAUUUUUUUAAAGAAAAUAAUGAAACUUGGUUUGAAAAGUUACGAUCUUUUGAAGUUCUGGUUGUUUAAGUGUGAA